GCGCCAGAAGACAAUUUGACUGUGUUCCGUCUCUGAAAGUAUUCAAUAUACGAUGUAUUCUCUCAAUUGAAUAUGUAUUGAACGUAUCCUCAACAAACAACUUACAAGGCAAAAAAGGCCUCUUAAUUUAAUACACGCACGUGACAACACGAACUUUGCCUUAACUAAUAAUUCUCCACAAAGCAGACCCGUAUCGCACAAUUCAUAAUUAUCUCAUUAAAAUCUCAUCGGAAUUCUAUUGAUGAAAAUACUGCAGUUUGGUUGCGCCGCCCUUUAGGCUAUCAGUACAUCGGAUGGCGUCUGACGCAAAGUGCCUUAUCGUCCAUUGUUUUUCGAGGAUGCAUGGCAAGAUCAAAUAUAGACAGGCUGAAUCUGAUAGGCGCCGUUUAUAUGCGAAAAUCCAAGCUACUUUCUCUGUAGGCCUACACUGUUCAUUUCCUUCAUUUUUUUGCACCAUGUAUACAGUUUGCACGGGUCUACCCCCACUAACCUAUGUUCCGCCCGAUAGGUACUCCGGGGUGAAUUAUGUUGCCCUCACAUUCUAUUCAUGACCCCAGAAUGCCAUUUCACGAUGUUCGCAAACAAAGAAGUUGUUGUUAUGUCUAGGUCGUUUUGACAAUGGCAUAUUUUGUACAACUUUCACAAGCUCUGGUUACUGAAAAUAUUCUUUUAUGAUGUCCCCGUUUCACUAUUUGGAGAGUAGCCUACGUUUAAUGAAUACCAUACGACAGCCAACAGCAUUACAUUAAUUAAAUUCAUGUCCAUUGCAAAUGUUUGUCCACUUUAGGAUGAAGACAUUAAUUACCCAAUCUGGUCGCUGAAGAUGGAAAAAUCCUACUUUUAAGGGCUGACGAUUUAUUUUCCAAGACGAGUCCCAUCUACAUGGAAUUGAAAAUACACAUUAUGACCCAUGUAGGCCUACUGUGUCAGGCAAAUGAGUAAGAGCACACUAUCCAAGAAUGUAACAAUGGUUUUGAUUGUGUCAACAAAUUUAGGGGUCCACAAGAGGUGCAAUCAACACAAUUAUAUGUCUGAAAAAACAUGCCUCUCUAUUUGAUCGGCGGCGUUUGCUUUUGAGAGUCCCAUACUGGUCACUAAUGGCGAUGAAUGGGACCAUGAUGGGACCACUGUGACUGGCUACAGCGCUAGAUCAAACACAGAGUGGGUUUUAUAUGUGUUCAAAGGUUUAACGAGUUGCCGACCUAGCUGUUGCAAACAAGAGGCCUGGGAAACUUGUGAUGCAGACAAGCGCCACGCCUCGUGAUCGCUGAAGGGAAAGUCCAGGCUACCUUUACUAAGUUUGACGUUCAUCGUUGCGAGAUUCAGAGUCGGGACAAGUGAACAGUCACACUUUGGAUGAUGAAUUCCAAAAUAGCAGCCGGCGACCUGGACGAAUUUAACAUCCAAAUUACAUGAUCCACUUUUAAAGCUGUUUUAGUCGACAAGUGACAGUUGUGUAAAGUGCGGAGCUGAGGCGCAAGUUCGUAGACACGGUUCGUGUAAGCAUUAGCAGCGAAUGCACAUCACACACAUUAAGUGGUCUACAACAAGUGUAAUCCACAUGUUCUCAUGGCAUAUUAAUUAAAUGUAGUAUGUGAACCCCAUGGAAGUUCUCUAGACAGCAUCAUGACGGCUUUUUCCAUAGCUUCGUGGGAGGACGAUGCAGACUUUGACAAUCGUCGAAGCAGCGAGGCCGCCGAGCAGAAAGCGCAGUUUCUGCGGCUGGUUGGGAAACUCCACAAGUACUACCAGGAGCAGCUCAGCGCUACCUUGGUCUGCACCAGUAAAUUCGACAAGGCCAUGCGAUACUUCAUCAAGGCACUACGGAGGGUCAGACCCGAACAGGUCGAGUGUUUCUCCUCUCUCCGGAUGCUUGAGGGAUGCAUUUCAUCAUGGACCUUCGAUGAGACAAUCGACCUGCCGGCCAUCGACCUACGUUCACUGCUGAACACCUUCCUGAGCAACCUGAACAACUUCCGGCUCCUCCGUCAGCACGUAAAGAUGAACAUCUACCACACGCUGCGUCAGCUCCCCGAGGAUAUGGAGAACCCGCGGCAACGGAGGACCAGGGAGGACCUGGAGGUGAUUCUGGCCACGUGGGCCAACCUGACUAAUCGGGACACCGACCUAACCAAGUUGGAGCACCCGAGCGUGGAGGCGCUACCGGACGAGUACUUCGAGGGACCGGAGGAGCGGCAGUUCUACCGCGGCCUGCUGAGCAUCGUCCCGAAGCUGACGGACCUCGUGAACAAAAUAGACUUCAUGCUGUUAAAAUACCAAAUGGGAAACUCGUGAUAAACAUUUCUUUUGUUAAAUAAAAUUGCCAGAGCACCAUUCCUGUAACGUGCCCUCUUACGUUUGGAAUACAUCCUCUCAAUGUUGUCACCAAUUCUAUUCUGAAAUGGCAAGCCUAAGGUCGCAUACUAAGACCUUAUAACAUCGAGCACUCUUAAUUGAUCUGAGUUUCGAGAACGGCUGCAGUAGUUUGGGAUAUGUAGGGGCCUCAACUCGCUUUUCGCGUUCACCUUUUCAUAUAUUUGUCCACUCCCAGCCUAGUCAGCUUCAAGACUUCCACAUCAAACUUGCAAACUUACCAAAUGUGACAGCGUGCAGCUGGGAUACGCACUCUUUAAAAUGACUGUAUUCUUUUUUUAAUGUUCCUCUUCUGCUCGUCAGGAAAUAUGGCUAGUGAUGCCAAAUAUUUGUUGCUCUUCAUCUUUGUGGUAUUAGUUAGGUAUGCUACCAAAUUUACCUAUUCCAGCCAAAAGAGUGAUUCAAGGGACGCUCCCGGCGAUUUAGCGCGCUGCGUAAAGAGAUACCGUAAGUAGACUGUUAAAACUUUCAAUCAAGAAAUAUUUUCCAUCCAGAUUGUACAGCUCUAUAAGAUUGUUUAGCGUCUAGGUAUGUUCUUCGUCUGUUUGAGAUGUACACCGGAUUCAGACAGUAUAAUGGGGCAUACCCCCCCUUGCCGAUGUCCGUACGCUCCAGCUAAUCCCCAUCUCCCAUUUGAAAUCAUGCAUGAGGUGAGCAGAAGCAGAGUACAAACCGCAGUUCUUUUGCUUUCAGUGCCACAUAAAAAAUAAAUGUGCACGAUCCUGGUGGCUCCGAAAAAUCUCAUCCUAGUGACGUCACUUUAUCCAGAUUUCGCCUCAUUCUAGUGCCAUCAAAAUAAAUAAGAACGUCGCCAAAGCGAAGACGACUGGGUUCCAGAAAAAGAAUUAUUGUUCGGUAAAGAGGUCCAGUUUGUUUCGAAAGUCACUAUCAUAUUGAACAAGCGCUUUACCGUUCACUACUUAAUUCUGUUUGAACAAGUUUGUAUGCGUUUGUGACCACGGAAAGCACCACCUGACAUCAAGUGGUCCGACUCUGUCUGUCACUUUUGCCAUUCUUAUUCAGAGGAAUAUAUCAAAUAUACGAGCACUUCUCAAUCAGUACCGUAUCCAGGGGGAAGGAUAGUUAAAGACAUGUUGGCGAGUUUUUCAAAUCCUGCUUUGUCAAAUAAAUGAUGAAUUAUACACCUACUCAGAAUGCUACAUAGUCUUUAAUAAAGAGUUGUCCAGCUGUUUCCCGAUUAUGGUGUGACACGCACGAAAAUAUGGAAUAGAGCCUAAGCGCCACUAUGCAUCAAAGUUGCCUCAAACGUAAACGUCCCUGUUCCAAGCCGUGUAAAAGUAUUCUGCUUUCGUUUAGUACAUGUAAUUCGGACUUGGGAAUUCCUGUCUCCAUCCCAUGUUCCAGAUGCAUACAACCUCUCCCAAUCAGAAUUGCAAUGCAAACACCCAUUUUCUUACACUUGUCUUUUUUCUGUAUUUUUUUACCUUCUAGUAACCCUUAGCUCGAAUGUUUGCCAGCAGUCAAGAAAACAUUCUCCCAUACUUCCAUUCAAUGCAUUAAUAGUCAGGAAAGGUAGGCAGAUAAGCAAGUUAAACAGGCAGCUCUGCAAAUCUUGCUUGACUGAUAGCAGGAUCAAUGGACAGCUAAACAAAUGUUGCUCGACCGUUAACUUGCUAUGUGGACAGUUACACAAAGAUCAAUCGUAAACUAGCUUCAUUGCAAGUUAGGCAAAUAAUUUUGAAACUAUCAAUUGGACUAACUGAAAAUUAGGCAAAUCUUCCCUGAAUCGUUAGCUUGGCUAAAUGGGAAGGUUGAGCAAAUUUUACUAUCGCUUGCCUUCACUUUUCUAUUAUUUGUCGAAAGGUCUGCAACACAUGCCCUGUACGGUUCUGAAUGGAACUUUCAGUAGUACUGAACAAAACUGUGAGGCUAAGUUGAAUUUCUGAGAUGUAGAGGAAAUACAUGUAUGUCCGCUAAACUGCGCCGUUAGUUAGUUUUCAGAGGUAUCAGAGG